ACCUUUGAGCCCCUUGAACGAAACGUUAAUAGGAACCUUGUAGCUGCUUCAUUUUCUAACCGGGUUUAUUUAUCAGUGACGCCAAACUUGCUAAACCAAACUAGCCUCAUCUUUGUUGAAUUGUUUUCGUUAGAAAUCAUAAGAUUGUGUCCAUCCGUUUUUAAAAUGGAGCCAGCAUGUCGAAAAGACAAACAGAAACAGCAAACACCGACCCGUGGAGACAGAACGAAACAGAAAUCAGCCCAGCAGGAGCUGAAGCAGAGACAGAGAGCAGAGAUUUACGCCCUGAACAAAGUCAUGACUGAACUUGAACAGCAGCAGUUCGAGGCCUUCUGCAAGCAGAUGCAGUCACAAGCAGAAUGAGAGAAACUCAUGUCAGGGCAAACAUUCACAGGUUAGGGUUACAUUACGAUGUUACUACUCAUAUUUUUGUAUUAUUGUAAACCAUAUGAUAAUCACUUCUUUCAGCCCCCGUCAUUUAAACCUAAAUGCACCCGCUGGAGAAUGCAUGGCUGUAUUGGUGCACAAACACAGUACUUGAAUCUGAGUGUACAAUCACAUCGCAAACAUUGGGUAGUAUGUACAAAACCAAAAAUAUCAUAAUUUUUAUCAGAGAACCACCCUGUGAAAAGACAUUCACUUACUCUGUAGGAUGUUAAACAUCUGUUCAGUUUCAUUUUCAUUGUUAAUUGUAAUGUUUUAUAUGACAUGCAAUGUUUAUUGUCCGGAACGAGUAUUACAUUAUAUAUGAUUGUACAAAUCUAUUUUUUGACAAUUUGCAACCUCUUGACUGAACUGAAAAUAAGAUACAGUUGUCUCUCUUUUAGUUUAUCAUUAAUUUAUUUGUGACAUACGAUAAUAAUGGUUUAUGUUCCUUUUACCACAAGCAGUUUUUGUUUAAAAUUUGGUUAUUAAAAAUCUUAUCUUAAAGAAAAAAAAAAAAUUAAA